AUGAAGAAUUCUGUCUGGGCUUCGCUGGCCGUCUUCGGGGCCGCUGCCUCAGGCUCGCUCCUCACGCCUCGCUCGACAAUCCUCUACGAGAACCACGGCAACUGGACGGCCCACGGAGAAACGCCCAGUGCGAUUCUCUUCCUGGAUCCCGCCAGUGAGGCCGAGGCACGUGACAUCUGCGCCAGGAACGGCGAGGAACUUCUCGACGCCUCUCACUUGGACGAGUUUUCCACCCCGCUACGCUACCAGACGUAUCUGGGCAAUCUCCUCCCAGACCAACCGCUGUGGCCGGUCUCUUCCUCGGCAUCACGCUCGUCUUCCUCGGAACCGAAACGCCCCUUUAUCUGCACCAACACGGCGCCCCUCGUCGACGCGGUAGAGACGGAGUUUUCCCUCUUCCCCAAGGUCAACGUGUCCAGCAAUGGCACGACGUACAUGGGCGUCCGCGACCAUAUGAGCUACCGGUUCCUGGGGAUUCCCUUUGCCCUGCAGCCGGUGGGGGAUUUGCGUCUUGCCUACCCGAUCCAAUGGUAUACCAACGAGACGGAUUACGUCUUGAAUGCGACGACUUAUGGACCGACCUGUUCGACGAGCGGGGGGUAUUUCGCCGGCAACUCGUACGGACUGAAUCCAUGGGGAAACUCGGAAGCUUGCCUCUUGAUGAACAUCUUCACUCCCUAUCUCCCCGGCGAGACCCCCCAGAGCGAGACGCUCAAACCGGUGCUAUUCUGGCUACAUGGCGGCGGAGGAACUGCAACAGACGCUACGUAUGAUGGAGCGAGUCUGACCUCGCGGUCUGAUGUUAUUCUUGUCAGCGUCAACUGGCGGCAAGGAAAUUUCGGCGCUCUCUCCUUCGACGACGGCUACGUGGAUGGAAACUACGGCAUUGCGGAUAUCGUGUCAGGUCUGCAAUGGGUGCACGACCAUAUCGCCCAGUUUGGCGGCGACCCGGAACGAGUCACCGUCUUCGGCCAGAGCGCAGGCGGCGAGAGCGUCAUGGAUAUCGUCCGCUGUCCUAAAGCCGCGGGGCUCUUCUCGGGUGCUAUCAUCCAGAGCGGCGCGUUAGGCCCGGCUGUUACCCAGGCCGAGGUGGUGAAUGUGACAGUCCCUGCUGUGGCUGCGGUUUGCGGUGACGCAGUAGGCGCAGAACGACUGGGAUGUCUCCGCAACUUGACCGUCGACGAGUUUAUGAAUAACAUCAGCUGGUCGAUUGGCGACGGGUACGCCAAUAUCGACUCCGGGGCGAUCGUGGAUGGCAUCUGGAUCGCCAACCAGUCGGUCGCCGCGGCGCAGAACGGCCAGUUGAAUCGUAUCAACUACAUGGCUGGCGGAAUGCCUGAAGAGGGCGAAUCACUUCUUGGAACCGCCCUUUUGCCGAACGCUACAGACUUCAAUACCACGCUGUACUCGCUGGUCGGCACGGAUUAUUACCCUCUGGAAUGGGCGGAGCUCGUCGAAGAAUCGGGUCUCUGGAAUAACGGCUCCAAUGAAAUCAAUCCUUAUAACAACACGAUCAAUGUCUUUACCACCGUCCAUCUGACCUGUCCCGGUGAACAGUUCAUCAAGGCAGCCUUUGAAGCGGACGCUCUGCAAUCCUACUACUACUACAAUAAUCUCCGCGCGUAUGCUCUCUCCUACUUCGAUCCCUACGAUCUAUGCACCUUCCCCGUGGGAACCGAGCAACCGUACUACCGCUGCCACUCGGGCGAUCUCUACCAGGUGUUCGGCAGCUAUUACAUCUUCGACCAGCCCAUCCGUGCGCCGGAGGAUAUCGGCCACACGAACCUCCAGCAGGACUUGUGGGGGGCCUUUGCCCGCACGGGCGAUCCGAAUCCCGAGCGGGAAUAUCUCCGCGCGCGCGGCUAUCACGAUGCCCUCGCCCUGAGGGACGAGUUCUUCUGGGAGCAGUACCAGGGUGGCGAGGCUGCUAACUUGGAUUUCCCGAGUCCGUAUAUGAGUGCGUUGCCGUGGUUGGACAAGUGCCAGGUUGUUGAGGAGCUGUACCAGCUACCUUAG